GCAACUGAGGAAUGAGAAACCACACAGAAAUAACAGAGUUUAUCCUCCUGGGAUUGUCAGAUGACCCACAGCUUCAGGUGGUGAUCUUUGUCUCUCUGCUCAUCACCUACAUGCUCAGCAUCACUGGCAACCUGACCAUUAUCACCCUUACCCUGUUGGAUUCUCACCUCCAGACCCCCAUGUAUUUCUUCCUCAGAAACUUCUCCUUAUUAGAGGUUUCAUUCACAACUGUCAGCAUACCCAAGUUCCUGGGCACCAUGAUGACUGGAGAUAAAACCAUUUCCUUUAAUGACUGCAUUGCCCAGCUAUUUUUUUUCAUUCUCUUGGGAGUCACUGAAUUUUACCUUCUGGCCGCCAUGUCCUAUGACCGUUACAUUGCCAUCUGCAAACCUCUGCAUUACAUGACCAUCAUGAAUCACAGAGUCUGCAUACUCCUUGUCUUCUCUUCGUGGCUAACGUCAUUCUUAAUCAUAUUCCCCGCACUCAUGUUGCUCCUAAAUCUUAAUUACUGUAGGUCUAAUAUUAUUGACCAUUUUACCUGUGAUUAUUUUCCCCUGCUGCAACUUUCCUGUUCAGACACAAAAUUCUUAGAGGCGCUGGGGUUUUCCUGUGCUGUGUUCACUUUAAUGUUCACUUUGGCCUUGAUAUUUCUGUCUUACACAUAUAUCAUCAGAACAAUUUUAAGAAUUCCUUCUACUAGUCAGAGGAAAAAGGCCUUUUCCACAUGUUCAUCCCAUAUGAUUGUCAUCUCCAUCUCCUAUGGCAGCUGCAUUUUCAUGUACAUUAAUCCAUCAGCAAAAGACACAGUGUCUCUGAGCAAGGGAGUUGCUGUGCUAAACACCUCAGUGGCCCCCAUGCUGAACCCAUUUAUUUACAGCCUAAGGAAUCAGCAAGUCAGGCGAGCCUUCAUGGACAGGGCAAGGAAGAUUGUAUUUUUCUCCAGAUAACGAAAGGCUGUGGUGUCAUGAAUUAGCCACAUACCACAUGGCAAUUUAAAAUAUACAAACAUGAAAUUCAAGGAAUUCUUCAAGUCACAAUGGCCUUCCUGUUUCCUUAUUCAU